AUGAGGGGGACACGGCUGGCGAUCCUGGCGCUGGUGCUGGCGACCUGCGGGGAGCUCGCAACGGGCCUGCAGUGCUUCACCUGCCCUGAGCCCACCAGUGUGUCCAGCCGCCUCACCUUGGCGACCUGCACGGCCAACGAGACCAUGUGCAAGACCACACUCUACUCCCUGGAGACCGUGUACCCGUUCCUGGGGGACUCCACAGUGACCAAGUCCUGCGCCAGCAAGUGUGAGCUGUUGGACGUGGACGGUAUCGGCCUGACCUGGCCCGUGUCCUGCUGUAAUACCGACCUGUGCAAUGUGGAUGGUGCCCCCGCCAGGGGAGGCCCCGGAGGAGGCCCCGGAGGCCUGGCCUGCGUCUCCCUGCUGAUCUCCGUCUGGAGCCUCGGGCUCUAG